UUAAAUGGUCUUUGUUUUGGGAGGACUACCAGCCCCCACGUCUGCUUAUUUGAAAAUUACAGAACAAAAUGUAUGACAGGUACGUUAGUUUGAUCAUAUGGCUUCAUGUUUCGUUAAUGAGUCGCUCUCUUCCGGGUUCCUCACCGUUGCGUUUUGUUGUUAGCUCACUGUUGAGUUAAAGCCUCCAGCUUCCUGUCUUCUUUGUGCCUGCGGUGUCUGUUAACGUGCUCAAAUAUCCACACAGUUCGUGUUUACUACUGUUUACAUGAACGAACGCGGCAGGUCAGUAAAUGUUCAUCCAUUCAAACAAGUCGACAGUUAAGAUGGAGGAAAACCAGUUCACAUCACUGACGGUUCCCUCGGAUUAUUUUCAGCAGUGGUACCAGUCCAGCCAGCAGCACCCUGAGGCGCAGCAUGUGAUGCCCUAUCACAACAUGGGCUAUCACACAGAAGGUCCCAGAGAUGAGCUCGUCAUGGCUGAACUAUCUGUCCAUCGGGAGCAGCCUCAUUAUCAGGAACCUUUUUACCAGAACUACCCUGCAGCCCCAAAUCACUACCAGGAGCAGAUGUACAAUGUCAGGGAGCAGCAGCAACACCUCGGCGCCCAGCAUCACUCUCAGCAUCAUCAUGUAAUACAGCAGCAGGAGCAGCAGAGUGUCCAGCACCAGCCUCAGCCGGCUGGGCCACCUCAAGUUGUGACACCAGUGAAGAAAAAGAGAGGCCGGCCUCCAAAGCAGCAGGCGGAGGAUGGCGAGACACAGGAGGAGGAGGAUGAGGCCGAAGCAGCCAAGAAGGCCAAGAGGGCUCUCAACCGCUUCAACGGCAUGACAGUGGCUGAGGUCAUGGCCAAAACCCUGCCUGACGUUAUUACCUACAAUCUUGACAUUCUGAUAAUUGGAAUCAACCCAGGACUUAUGUCAGCCUACAAAGGACACCACUACCCAAACCCAGGAAACCAUUUCUGGAAAUGUUUGUUUCUCUCUGGUCUAACUGACCAGCAGCUCACCUUCAUGCAUGAUGAGAGCUUGCCGGAGACAUACAGCAUCGGCUUCACCAACAUGGUGGAGAGGACCACGCCUGGCAGCAAGGACCUCUCCAGUAAGGAGAUUCGUGAAGGAGGUAGACAGUUACUCGACAAGUUGCAGAAAUACAAACCAUUAAUAGCAGCUUUUAAUGGAAAAGGUAUUUAUGAAAUCUUUUGCAAAGAAACGUUUGGAGUGAAGGCAAAGAAUCUGGAGUUUGGACUGCAGCCCUACAAAAUCCCAGAAACUGAAACAGUGUGCUACUUGAUGCCCUCAUCAAGUCCGCGCUGUGCCCAGUUUCCCCGAGCACAGGAUAAGGUGCAUUUCUACAUCAAGCUGAAGGAGCUGAGAGACAAGAUGAAAGGUUGUGGACCCAAACGAGAGGUGGAAGAAACUCAGUACUCCUUCGAUCUGCUGCUAGCCAAAGAGGAUGCAAAGAAGAUGGCAAUCAAAGAAGAGCAGGUGGAUCCAGAGUAUGAAAGCUGUAGUGCUCAACACGACGACGUGAGGCAAAGCAGCAGCGUCUCCAACUAAAACAGGCAGAGGAGAGGAGAAACACUGGCCUCUUUCCCGUAGCACACAGAAUCACUGCAGCUGGAGAUGAUCCCUCAACAUUUACCAGCCGCAUUGGUUGCCCGGUGCGCCAGUAAGAAUAAGAAGCCCUCUGAUGACACCACGAGAGGAGAGCAGUCACACUGUUUCUGACGCAUCGCAAUGUGACGCACAAUAAAGUGCACAAACAGUUACAUUUUCUUACUCCGAAGAAGACUGUGCAUGUUUUUGGUGUUUUUUAAAAUCACUAUUUAUUGCAUUUUUAAGGUGUGUGUCCAGUGACUUAUUUUUGUAUUUUGAAAGAAUGACAUUUUAUGAUUUAUCAGCUGUAUAAAAUAGGUACUUGUACUCAAGAAUUUCUAAUCUGUUAUUACAGAGUUAUUAAAUCUCUUCUAAUGCUGCCACAUGUAUCGUGUGAUUGUCCAAAGUAAAUCAUGUGAAGCUGCAACUGAUGAAAAACUAACAUAUCAAAAAGUUUUUUCCACCCAGCAGCCUUGUGUGCAGUACACUGCUGCAUACCUUAAACUGAGCAUCUAGCUGCGGGGAAAAAACACGGACAAAAUUGGAAUAACAAAUGAAUGUUUUCUCAAUCAAAGCACACAGUGAGGAUAUGCACUUUACAAAAGCAGUCACUAACCCACCAGCCACAUUCAGUUUCCCAUUGAGUAAAGAAACCUCUCAAAUGAACUGAUAGCAUCUACCUCACUCAGUGUUUAAUACUCGGUCUGGUCAUCUUCUUCUACAAUAUUACAAUUCAUCUUUUGACAGACGGAAAAACCCUCUGUUGUGUGACUGUGAGUUAUGAUUUCCUCUAUACUUUCUCAUUAUAUAUAUAUAUCUGUUGAUGACCUAAGAAAUCAAUGUUUGUUGCUAUGUGUAAAGACCAAUUGUUAUGUUGAAUGCCACGCUUAAGGCCCGAUUUAAGCAUUGUUCAGAUCUAAUUUUGCAUUGCACACCUAUCCUUGACACUGUGGUUGAACACAUACAGUGUGUGUGUGUGUGAAGGUAAUUUAGGCCUCCAGACACAUGCUUAAAAUGGAGGAGGCCGCAGAUCAGUAUUCAAAACUCUGGAUGAAAAAAGUCAGUAUCACUAGAAGGAAUGGAGUAUAAUCAGGUCCCAUUGACUUAUCGUGGAUAACUUCUUUAUAGCAUGGUUGCAGUGAAGAAAGGAGAAUUGCAAAUCAAUAA